GAGGGUUAUCAAAACCAGACAACUCAUUUUUGCAGCCCAAUAUACCCAACAAGGAACAUCAAAUACCGACUUUUCUCAUGCACAUAAAAAGUGAGCACUAUACGUGAUAUCACCAUGGAUGUACAGCCUGGUCAUUGCUGGCGUUGUGAGAAAAUUCUCCCACAGCGCACCGUGCCUUGUAGCCGAUGCCCGAUGGCCGUGUAUUGCUGCACACAGUGUCGAGACAGGGACAGCAUCAGACACAGCGCUGUGGAGUGUGAAAUGUUCGGGGAGAAAAAGUGCAGCGCUUGCGGCAAACUUGGGAAAACACUGGUGUGUUCAGCAUGCAACAGUGCAUGGUACUGCAAUGCAGACUGCCAACGGCGUCACUUUCCAGCGCACAAGAAAACGUGUCGAGAAAUUCUGGCAUCCAUCAAGCAAAUCUCGUCCAAUCUUCCCAGAUUGAAAAGACUUGGGUACGGCGAUUUUCCCGAAUACUUUGGGAAUACUAUGGCAAUAGACUUCCUUCAACUUGACAACAAUGAGUGGUACGGGAAGAGUGUUGAAGAGAAACAGCUAGAUAGGGACUAUCAUGUCUUAUCUGUUGGUUGCGGAGACCUGCGCAACACCAUAAUGACGGUUGCUUCACUGCCUACCGAGUACAAGGGAAAACUUCACGUGACUCAUAAUGAUUUGGAUCCAUUUAUGAUGGCAAGGAACGUGCUGUUUCUCUUCAUGUUGGUCCACUUUGCAGACACUGACGAAAUCGCUUCCAGUUUAACCACCAUCUGGUACUCACUCCAUAUUUCCAAGAGAGAUUACGACUUGGUCAAGACAAGCUUGGAUGAACUCAUUCAGAUGAGUGCUCAACAACUCCACGAUGCCACCAAAGGACUGGCGAGUGUCCUGGAUGAAGAACUUGGAUAUCUACGCCAGGUUUGGAAAGGAUGGCAAUCACUGGAAUGUCGAAGAGACAAUCGAGCCGCUAUCAAUCUCAGACAACAAAGAAAGAACAUGUUUGAAAAAAGCGACCGAAUGAUGAAAGACGACCGCUUGGACUAUAUAAAGUGUCUGAAUGCAAAUGAUAGAAAACAGAUGGAGAAGUGGUUUGAACAUGGUCUGUUCCUACCCUGUGAGGCAAAUCAAAGAGACAUACCAUUCGACAACCCAACACUUACUGCCACAGAAGCAAGCAAGUUCACAGCACCGUUUGGUAGUCCACAGUUUCAAGCUUCUGUAUUUUUACAGGAAGAUGACUUGUUUGUGUACAGGUACCUCAUGAGUCCAAAAAGGAUGCCCUUUACUGUAUGGGACUGCUUGAGAGUCAAAGAGCACACCUCUGGAUCCCACUCCUCUUGGAUGGUGAUGUACCACAAGUACGUCACAAACCUCCUGCAGAAAUUCAAGAGUUUCAUCCAUCAGGGAAGGCUCCUCAUUCGUGUUUCUUUGACAAGCUGCCUGGACUUUCCUAGACAUCACCAAUCCCUGCAAAUGCCCAACUAUGACCGCAUCUUCACCUCCAACCUUGCUGACUUUGUUGCCUUUGCUAAACUCCUGCAGAUCUUCAAGCCGCUGCUCAACUCCAGCAAUAGCUACUCUGUCAUUGUCACCGAGAUUAUGGGAUUCUAUAACAAUGUUCCAGAAGUUUACCCGUGGAAACUUCCAGAACCGCAAUUUCAUAAAUUACGUCGUGAUAGCAUACGCGACUUGCAGACGACAAAAGCAGCAAAACAAAUGCUCUUCGAUUAUCACAACACCACCUCUCACUUUCUCCGGUAUCUCCGUGCAGAAAUCAUGGCAGGAGGGUUUGACAUACCGGCACUCCAGGAUGUACCAUCGUUUGACAGUGUGAAGAAGUGUCAGGGCAUGCGAAUGCGCGACUUUCGGAAGGAACUGAACAAGUUUGUUCCGUUUCGGUAUCGAUUGAAUGUAAGGAGCCUCACGUCACCAACUCCAGGUUGCAGAGCUGUAGAGUGGUUGCUUCCGAAAGAGUAAAGGUUAUAGGCUGUACCCGAACCUCUUCUCUAGAGCAAAAAUUACAACCUUUCAAACUUUCAAAAGCAAAGUAAGGACUGGUCCUCAGUCCAGAUAUUAUCGAUACUGAUUGCGGGGCGUGAAUCAGGAGACAGCCUACCCUGCGAGAACGGAAUUAUUGUCUAGCUGCCAAGAAUUCGGAAUCGUAAAGUAAGAAUUCGGUAGCUACACAUGGGCCGAUGUUUUUCAAUCAAUGUCUGAUUCAAAGUGAAUAACUUUUGUAUCUCUAGAAAAGUAGCAAUUUAGAACAACAAUCUAGUUUUCGGGAUGAAACUCAAAAAUAGCACAGGGAAUUGAGGGAAACCAACUUGCAAAUUACCAGUCGGUGCGUGGCCGGGGAGUGUGAACACUGCUACUCCUGUGGCAUGUAGAAAUAUGGAUCGUGGAAUUCUGUUCAUGCGUUUUUGGAAUAUAAUUAUGCCUAAUUGGCUUUUUGCUUAAAGGUUUCAAAUUUGGAUUGUAAAAACUACUGAAAAUACCGUGUAUUAAAAACCCUUCUUGUUUCUGCAUGAUUUUAUUUUACGAAGUUUUCUAGUAUAUCUGGCACGAGUAAUGUUUUAUUGGAUGCUUUGCUUUUUCAAGUUCAUGCUUACUCAUACUUCUACACUUAAGUUGUUUCCGCCACGUAUACCCAUUCAGUUGCUGGCAUCUUGGUUGGUGAAGCCUCGGGGUUGGUGAAAAAAAGGGAUAGGCGCAUAUAACCAAAGGGAGAAACAUAUUUAUAUAGUUCGUAGGCCUAUACAGAUUAUUAUAAUAAAAAAAAAGAGUGCAGUACAAUUACAUGUAUAUACACUUAAUUCCGAUGCAGAUUCGCCGAAUUCAGGUAACAAUUUUUUUUUAACUCACGUAAGAUAAAUCAGGCAAUACAAUUUCACGAUUUAAAAGCUAGCCAAUUUUGAAAUCAAAGUUUCAAAGAAAAACACCCAGUAUUUCCAAAUCAUUUU